AUGAGCAAAAAGCAGACUCGGGAAGCAAUCGUCACGACUUUUCCAGGAUUGCGCGGCAUCAAAGAUAAAAGCAUUCAUAUUUACAAGUCCACAAGUAGAGGGAGCAGGAUGGAGAGGGUGUUAAAAGGCAUACCCGCUGCAAAGUCAAUUUUACAGAAAUGCGGCACGACCACGAGAAAAAUCUUCAUCUUGGUCAGAGAAAACCCAGGUGGACACUACCCAAACACUACUGCCCCAAAAAAGACAACAACUGAGAAAAGCGAAGAUGAUAGUCAAUUCAGUGAAAUUUUUCGAUGCUUCCAAGAGGUGCUUGAGCAAAGAGAUGUCCAGCCCGUAUUUGUGAAUGUCGACUUCGAGGAGAUUUGCCAUCAAGCGGCAAGAGCCAAGAAAGUUUUGGUCUUGGCCCUAUUUUACCCUGGGAACAAUGACGAACACAUGGCAAGGUUGUUAAAGUGCUUGGCACAAUUUAAGUCCAUCUACUUGUGGAUUGACAAUGCUAAAAGCCAAACUGGAAGACAAGUAAAGACCACAUUUGGAAGAAAAGCUCCAGUUAGUGAGUUAAUGAUCCUAACCCCAAAACCAAAUGAUCCCUGUCUUAAUGUUUGCUUUUCAGCAAAAAUAGCUCAAGGACUUAUCUACUCUGUGGAGUCAAUUGGUUGA